AUGAGCAUGUCAGACAUUGCACACACGGCGGUGGAAAGAUUAACCGAGUGCCUGGCAACAACUAUUCUCGAACCCGGAGGGCGCUCUCGCAUGCAAGAGAACCUCCUUCCGCUCACCUCAACGUUCUUUCUCUCCGGUUCGCCUGUACCAUAUCUCAGCAGCCAGACUUGGGAUGAGACGAAGGAUACGAAAGCUACUAAAUUUCCGCUAUCUACGAGUACCCUUUCGUCAAUAUCACGUCCCAUCGUUGAUAUUUUGUUGAAGCAUUAUUGUGAAAUAUAUCUCCCACAAUAUCCAGCGGUUGAGGAAUCAGACUUGUACAAAGCCUGCGACAGGGUUUACAACAAUUUGCAACCGUCUGGUUUCGAUAUCUUCUGUGUUCAUAUCACAUUAGCUAUCAGUAUGACCACCCUCAUGCAUCGGGAUGAAAAGCGAGCCAUGAUAGCUAUACAUGGGUUCUGGACAAUGGCCGUGGCUCAUCUUGAUCAAGUUGGCUUAGCCAAUCUAUGGGAGCGGCUACAAGCUUUGCAGCUUCUGGCUCAUUAUGCUUUCUUGAACCCUAAAAAUGUCGACUGUAGUAAUUGUGCUGCCGCGGCUACCCGGUUAUCCUUGCAACUCGGACUACAUCAUGAAUCAUCCGCACCGGCACAGAUGAAGCUGGACACCACGACCCUCAACACUCGAAGAAGACUGUUCUGGAAUUCAUACGCUAUUGACUGCGCCGCUCAUACAACUCGCUGUCGGCCGUUCAUAUGGCCAAGUUCUACAAUUACAGCAAGGUUCCCAGAUUUUGACUCUCAGUCAUCCCUGACCCUUCAUGUUUGGCUCCUGCGACAAAUUGAAUCGGAAAUCACCCUGGCUAUGUACCAUCCCUCCUUGGCUCCUGAAGAACUAAUUAGUAGUUCUUCCUUUAGUCGGUGGUUCGCACGCACACAUGAACGCCUGAACGAGUGGUAUCAGACGAUUCGCCAAAGUAUCAACCACACUGAGAAAAUCAAGUUCCAUGAAUUGCAAUUCCAGAGUCAAAUGUUGAGGCUAAAUCGACCUUCUCCACGCUGCCCAAAUCCGACAAUGAAUAUGCGCAAGAAGGCUCUCCAAUCGUCUAUAGCUCUGAUCAAAGAAUUCAGCAUCAUAGAUCAGAUGGGAAAUCUUUUCUAUCUCUGGCAUGCAGCUCAUUACAUUAUCGAGUCAGGUGUCUGCCUGCUUGCCUCGGUUUUGACUGGGAUGGAUUCCGCAGAUCAAAACCACUCGCAACUGGGAGGGGAAGACAUCACGAACUUGAUAAAAUAUAUGAAAAUAUUUCCAUACCUCCUUGAGAAGGUAUCACUUCGUUGGCCAAAUGUUGCAAGACAUGCCUCCGCUCUAGAUGUCAUCUCUCAUUCCGUUCUGGGAAAACUGGAACAAUGGUCAAGAGGUGAAAUGAUUGAGAGCCAUGAUUUCUCUGAAUUCAGGCAGAAGCUCAACGAGUUCUCACUAUUCUCACCAUUCCCUUUGGAAUCCCAAGCUACGGCGGAUAAUUUGGCCGCGAAAGGUGAAUAUGGGUUCCAUCCUACGUUGGAUAGCAACGCUUUCCCAUCAUUCAUAACAGAUUUUGGUGUAAGUUUCGAUUAUUCCAACCUUUCAGCGCCGGCAACGGUGACCACUUCUAUCAAUCCGGGCUGGGUAGGACUCCAAUCGACUCAGGAACACAACUCUGCGACGUUUCCAGAUCCUUACAGUGUCGAUAGUGGAGCGGCCUUAGUGUGGGAUAUUGCUGGGAUGGAUUCCGAUGAAAUCUUGGCUGCCUUGGUAGGAAGUUGA